UUCAUUCGCCGUUUUAUCCCCACUAUUCAUUUUUCACCAAUCAGCAUCUGUGUCAAAGCGCUGGUGUCUGCAUAAGGAUUCAGUUUUACAUCUAGAAACUCUAUCUGUCAACUCAGUGAUAUUCCAUCAUGUUGAUAGCAGUAGUUGUACUUUAUUGCGCAUUUCAGGUGAAUGAUACUUCAAACGAGAUAAGAUAUGCAAUUUAGUAUUAAAACGUAUCAAAAUAAUAAGCAAGGAAGAAAAAGAAGAAAUGCAUAAUGGAUUUGUAUCGUAAUUUUGUGGAAACAUUCAAGCAAAAUGCAUCCUCUAGAAAUUUCAGUGCUUUGCCGGAGAUUUUCAAGAAUGGUCAAGAAUUCCUCGCAAUCAUUUCGCUUGAACACCGUGAAUCAAUAGUAUGCAGCAUAUUUGAUCAAAAUAAUGGCUUACUAUGUUUCCUCAACUAUGAGCUUGGAAGACGGAUGGCGAACAGACAUGCUGAUAAUACAUUCACAGAAGCGUUUCAUUUUCUUCAAUUUUUUAUCGAACACUUUCAUACUACUUCAUGUUUUAUACAAUACAUUCACCAAAUUAAGGAUGUAUGUCAGUUAGCACUGACUGUAAAAUGUAGUAAUUAUACACAAAAAGCUGCUUGUAAUGCUUUUGUAAAAUUGAUAGAAUUGUUCAAGGAUCAUGACUUAAAGCUUGAAAAUACAGUUAAAGAAUUUAUUGAAAAAUUUAAUUAUUAUAAUAUAAAAGAAAGAAGAUUAAUAUUAUGUAUAAUCAGCAAAAUAAUCAAACACAAUGAAAAUGUCCGCUUGUUGAAAUAUUUAGAUAUUAUUUUCAGACGAUUAUAUUCUGAUACAUCCCAAGAGUAUAGUCCUACUAUCAACGUGCCAAAUGAUUUCCAUAUGUAUUUCGAUAUUCUUGCGGAUAUGUUGGACAAUGUAGAGCCACCAGGUGCUCUAAGAGAGAAACUUCUCCACGAUUCGUACAUAUGGAUUAAAGAUCUCAGCCGAUCAAAUAGACAACCAAAAGAUAAACAGCAAAGGACCAGAACUGUGAUGAAAUCUGCGAUUGAUCUUCUAUGUCGUCAUAUGAAUCUGUUUCAAGAUUGGCUGUAUCCGGAUUAUAAAUACUGGCAUGAUCUUCUUCGAUGCUUAUCGCUCGAAACAACUAUUUAUGGUGAUUGUGGACGACGUGCCUUGAAAAGAUUUUACCGAAUUAUUGGACAGAUGCUCGCAAAUCAAAAUAGUGAAGACAUAUUUUUGUAUUUUCUGGACAUUUUCAUGAAAGAAUUUGAAAGUACUAACAUAGAUUUAACCACUUUGCGAUUAAUUGUUUAUGGCUUCAGUCAAAUGGCUGCACCAUGCAAAGUGUAUAUGAACCAAUUAAAAAUAAGAAGUAUGUAUUCUAUUAUAACCAGUUAUGCGCUUCCUCUUUGCUCCAGCGAACAAAACCAUUCAAUGCACAUAGAGAACAUUUGUUGUUAUCAGGAAUCACUUUCGGAAAUGUUGCGUUACAUGACAGACGUUACAAUCGAAAAUAUUAAUGUUCUCGUAAAACUCGGUAUUUACACAAUCAAGAGAUUUCCUGAUUUGAUAAUAUCCAACAGUAGUCUCGCUGUCUCGUCGUUGAUUAAAACCAUUAGCAAUAUUGGAAUUAUUAAUAAAAAUCUACUGCAACGAUAUCUCGACAAUAUAAUUUAUGAAGGUGUUGCAUGGAGCUGUUCACAUACAUUGGCGCUCGACGCGGAGUUGCAACGAGAUCUGAAUAAUCUGGAGGAGACGCCGAUAUGCUAUAAGAACUAUCUUCCACUGUGGACGGAGCUGCUAAACACCAAAAGAUAUCGCGUUGGCGAGGAUGAGUUAGUACAAAAAGUAGCAAACACCAUGAUGAAUGUAUGCAUUACAUUGGUCGGCCGAUUAAACAUACGCGUGAAACAAACGAGUGAGGACACGGUGCUAUCCGACGUAGCUCUUACCCAGAGCGCCGUGAAUCAGGCGGAUUUUCGCAUAUUUACGAAUCUUGUAGACCUCUAUGUCGAUGUGAUCGACACAUCGGAACCAUCACUGUUUGCCGACAUCGUACAUAAAUUUCUCUAUGAAGUCGUCCGAUUGUCGUACAAAUAUCCGCUGAUAUCCGGUUUCUACAAAUUGAUUCGAGUUGGAAUGAAAAUCUUUACUCGUAUAUCAGAAGAGGAGGAAGAAGAGUACAGAAAUGCAGAAAUACGGCAAAUGAAGGAGCUUUUAUCUAAUUAUUUAUGGCAUAUCCUUGACUUAAUAUCCGCAUUUUCCAACGAGUUGCUUAUUGCAUGCCUUUAUCUAAUAUUGGAUGCGCCCUUUGCAUAUGUCGAAGACGUGCUACCGCGUACACUAUCGGCGUUUAAAAUUGCAUUUACCGUCGGUUUGAGCAACUUAGAACUUGCAUAUACCGCGCUUACUGCUUUGGAGACAUGGACGACCAUGACAACACGGAAACGAGAACGCGAUGAGCAAGUACACAAAUUGCUGCGCGAGAUCGUCGCGUAUUUGGAACCGUAUCUGAGCAGUACAGAAAGUUCUAUCGAGAUCUCUCAAAACUUGACUGCAGUGACAGCAAGGAAACGCGUGAAACACGUCAACGUAAUCGACACCGAGUAUACAUUGCGAAACUUCCAACGACGAGUUUUGCUAUUUCUUGGCUCACUCGAUCACGAUCUGUUGACGAGCUUCGUGCACGAGCGCGCUUCUCGCAGCACUGGAGCGUCUUGGGAUCACAAGAAUCUGAUCAAGUACAAACUACCGCUGCUGGACACACGACUAGACAUCUACUUUGACAGAAUGUUACCGCGGAUAAUCACACUGGCACGCAAUUCCAGCGACCGACGCACUAAGAUUGCAGCUUGCGAAGUUCUGCACUCGUUGGUUGCGCUUACCAUCGGUUCUUCGUUGUUUGAUCCACAGAAUCGCUUCGUCGCCCUCUACGGCACUAUUUGUCAAGCCGUGCUUAUUCUCGGUUGCGAUCCCGAUGAGGUCGUAUGCGGUUUAUUCCAUCCACUAGCCCUGCAACUGAUGCGUUGGUUGAGUUCCAGAUCCAUGUCGAUGUCGCCCGUGAUCGAUUCCCUGUUCGACGGGUUGACUGACGACUCGAAUUCUGCCUUGCGUGAAUUCUCCGGCAUGUGUUUGUCAGUAUUCACAGAUUGGUCAAUCAGGCAGUCGAUGAAGCACGUAUAUCGAGUCAUCGAGAGGAUCAACAAUCUCGCGUUGCAUCCGUUGACGUCUAAACGCAGAGCCGCGGCUGUAGCCUUUAAUCAUCUCUACAGGAUUCUGCGCGAAUACGAUGAUGUGGUCUCGAUUUACUGGCUGGAGAUAUUCUAUUGUUUCAUUUGCAGUUUGAAUGGAUGCGACGAUCCAUCAAUUAUGAAUGCACUGGCUCAUAUCGAGAAAGUGAUAAAAACCGAAAGAAUCGCAAAGCUUUUAAAUGAGCGCAAUUCCUUCAACCGUCGAAAGCCGCUCGAGUUCGAUGAUGCGACCUUGACCUACGCUUUAUACUGGUUGCUGUCGCAAUGCGGAUCUCUGGAUGAGCAUUGUCGUACAAAAUGCAUGGAACUAUAUAUUAACGUAUCAGAAUACAUUGGCAGUAACGCACAAAAGAUGACGUUGGCUUUUAUUGAAACUUAUGGAAUAAAUCAACUAAAGACAAAUAUCUUGAAAGGUUUAGAAUCUGGCAUGAAAGAUAUUUCCGUGGCUGAAAAUGUGACGCCGCUGUUGAAGGCUUUGGACUACUAUGUAUGGUUGAUAGACAAGGGAUUGCUACCAAUAGAAAUGCUUUUUCCUGUUGACGAUACGGAUGAGCAAACGAUCUUCUUCUGUAUUCGCAGUUUUGUUUGUCAAUUCUUACAAAUAAUGGAGAAACGUUCGAGAAUAGUGACAGUAAUAAAAUCGAAGGAACUCGAACAACUACAGGCGCUACAAUGUAAAACUCUGAUGACUACGUUGAAGUUCGUACGAAUGUUGCUGAAUUUCGAUAUUAAUGUUCUACCGGAAUCAUUAUGGGACGAGUCAUUUUCUGCAGUAACAAUUAAAUGUAUAAUGUGUCCGCGAACAAUUGGUUUUGAUAUGAAGAAUAUCGAGAUAACAGAUAAAUUGCCACAUAUUUUGGAAACGCUAUUGAAUUCCAUGAAAUCAAAAUAUAGUAAUGCUCUACCAGAAACUUUCAAGAAACAUCUUUUAAAUUCUGUUCGGAAACACAUCACAAAUCUUCUCAAUUUCAACAAUAUCACACAAAAUGAUUGCGACGAUCUGAUCCAGUAUGUUAACGGUCUAAUUCUGUUGAAGCGAUGUGAGAUGUUCGAUCGAACAAAUUUUUUAGAAACGAAUGCUUUUGUGAAUGGCGAACGUACGAUCGAACGAAUCUUCAAAUUUCUAGUGAAUGAACGUAUUGGGGAAUUAGUUUGUAAAGACUUGAAUCCGCAGAUAAUUGAAUAUUUACGAACUCUAAUGGAAUUUCAGCUCUCGUUAGUAUCAUCGACGAUCGAAACACCAGUGAGAAUCAUACCUGAUGAUACUCGAUCAAUGACUGAGGUAUUAGUAAAGUUAAUAUCUGAUAGUGCCGAAGUAACUGGCGUGGAUUGUAUGGUAAUCACGUAUGGUGAACAUUUUUUGAAUACAUUCAAGAGCAAAAUCUUCAGAUUCAUGUUGACACAUGUAAGCGCAAUUACUCUCGUUUUUGACGAAAAAUCACGUGAUAAUCCAUCUUUCUUGAUGAAGUGGAUAGAAGAUCUUUUGCUGUUUCUGAAAGAACACAAGCACGAACUGCAGUCUCACGUAGAUACCACGGUGGAUGCAAUUCUGCAACAAUUCACAUGUCUGAAGAAUGCCGUCUGUAACAUGGAUAGUCGCAAAGAGAGACUGAUAAAUAUCUACGGCACCGCGGUGCAUCUUAAGGAGAAACCUGCAGAGAUCUCACAGGGUUAUGAAAUUUAUCCAUGGAUUUUAUCUCAGUUGACUAGUAAAAAUGGUCUUGAAUACAAGAUACAGAUAUUGAAAAAUUUCCUUAUCUGUCUGACGGAUCAUGUUGACGAACAGCCCGCAUUAAAGGCGAUUCUGCUGAGUCUAAAGAAUGACGGUCGAACUCUAUGUUCGGAUCUGUCUGAAACGAGUGUGAAUGCCAUGAAGGUGAUCGGCUGCUUUGAAACGUUGCUAAUAUUGUUGUCGACAACGAAGUCAAUUUUGACACUUGAAUGCGUGAUAGAUUUCGCUGCUGGUACCAGCGAUCGUCUCUUCGAUGAGAAAUUAGAGACACAUUUACGCAGAUAUUAUGACGGAACAUCCAUCGAACAUGUCCUACAAUCGCUAGAGUUGACUUAUGGUAUGUUUAAAGAAGUGGAUAGAACAGAGACGGAGAGACUCGACAUUCUACACAAAUUUCUCUUACCGAUGUUCAAGUUUUGUAAUGCGGAUGCAAUCGAGCGCUUCUUUAAACAAAACAUCCGAGAAUUAUAUACGAAUACGAAUUUAUAUGUUGCCGCUAGCGAGGAUGAUACAACCGUCAAACGGAAUAUAGUGUCGAUGAUUGGAUGCUUUCAUCUGAUAGCCACCAUGUAUGGCAAAAUGGGCAGAGAUAAAUUGAACGGAAUAAACAUUUCGAAUCAAAUCAUGACUGACGAGGAGCUUUAUCGAAAACUAUAUGGCAACGCCAGAACAAUGCGGUCUUUGCAAAUAACACGAUCAGGAUGUGACGAACUCACGCGUUUGCUACAUUGUUCCGCGUACAAUUGCUUACUAACAAUCGUAAGCCUGCGGGACGAGGCUACGUUUGCUCGUUAUUACAAAGUGAUAUUCGCCGACCCGGACGGACCUUUCGUCUGGAAAAAUGUCAUUGACUGCUCUAGAUCUUACAAGCUCGGUCAGACUUUUAAAGAAUAUCCGGAGACUCGCGAGACCACUGUCAACAUCAAAUCCGGAAUUGAUAGGGAUGAACGAGGGGCGCAUAGAUACACUUACGUUCAUAGCUAUGAUCUGUCGACUUCCACGCUAAACGAAGAUAUUAACGCUUACGAUCUUAACAGAUGCGUCGUAUUGCCGGCUGAUUUUCAUCAUUCUGAUUCAAAGAGCGAUUCCGACCUACAACAAUCUCAUGGUACGACUAAUAUCGCCUUGACAAGCGACGAUUUUAAUGAACAUGAGUGCAUGCCGUACAUCUGCGUCUUAUUGCGGCGCAUGAUAAAACUUUUUGGAUUGAGCAAUGAAAAACCUGAUUGGCUAAAAUGUUUCGACUAUGCUUUGUUGUACCAAGAUAAUCAAAAUGUCAAACUGUUUAUGCUGAAGAUUAUCUCGAACGUUGCAAAUGAAGUAUUCAAACCAUAUGCCAGGUUCGCACUAGAGUCGAUCAUCAAAGCUAUUGCUAAUUAUCUAGAACGAUAUGAUUUAAAUUAUAUUAUCACAGAUGUUUUGGAGAUAUUGAUGGAUUGGCACGACGUGAUCAUCCCAAGUAGCCAGAAUGAUAAAACGGAGGCACAAAGACUUUUUAAGGUACUUAUCGACAAAAUAUUGAUAAAAAGAUCCUCGAGAGAUAAUCACCGCGUUUACAAGUAUAAUCUUGGUCUGAUAAGGACCAUGGUGCAGAAAUGGCAUAGCUGCUUGCAAGUGCCAAGCAAAUCCUUAAAUCAGAAAAUGACAUCCGCGCCGCCAGCCGCGGUGUAUCUCAUCCUGGUGCUUCUUGAUAACGGCAUAACAGAAGAGAUUGUUGCUAGGAAUGACAUUGUCAAGUUUCUGCUGAUUCAAUUGAAGGAUUGGGAUGCACCCGAGGCAGACGAGACACCUCUGCAGUGUUGCGAAUGUCUCGGCUUGUUUCUGCGUUCCUUGGAUAAUGAUAAACGUAUGAUGGAAAAUGAUAAAGAAAACAAAAACGAAGUGAAGGGAGAAAUCUUCAGAAUUCUCGGAUCUAAUUUGCUAUCUCCCAAAAUGAUUAUCAAGCAAGUAAAACGCAUCGCUGUUCUCUGCCGAACUUAUCCCGAGAUAGCUGUGGAUUACAUCAAUGUCGUGAUCCACGCUAUGGCCCAACACUUGGCAAGGUCUUAUUGCCUAGAAAUAUUCGCGUUGUCGAUGCCGAAACUCAACGCGCAAGACAUUGUAGAUCAUCUACGACGCCACAUAGAUCUGCAGACGAUACUGACUAACCGGAUACCAUCCUGCGAGAAGACGGCAUUGCGAAUCAUUCGCGACAUGAUAGCAACCGUCUCGCCGAUAGACUUGCAAUUUUACGUAAAUCUAGCAAUUACGUACGUCAAAGACAAUAUCACAGAGCAUCGAGAAUUAGUCUAUGACAUACUCAUAAGGAUACACAAGAGAUAUUCAACGGACAUCGCAAUUGAUGAUGACGUGACCAUACAGACAGCGGCGAAUACUCUGAUGUCUAUCAGUAAGCAAAAUUUGCUGGCCGGUCUGCUGGAUCCAUCUCAAAAUCUGCAGGACAGAAUAUUGAGAUUCUGGACAGAAGAAACAAGCCUAAGCACGGAAAGAUCGAAAGAUCGGUUGAUCGCGAUUCUGGAUAUGCCACGAGUAACAUUGGAAGAGGUUGCAUUCACGUCCUUCGUGGCGCUGAUGAUGUUACAGCUGACCACCAAAUCGAUAGACUACACUAUGAAGAUGUUUGACGAGCCUCUGGAAAACUGUAACUUCGAAGAUUACAGGAUUACAGUUUCCUGGCGAACACAAAACCUAAGCUAUGUGACGCCAAUGUUCAUUAAUUCACUUGCCUCCCAGAUGAGCUACGGCACCUUUUCUCAAAAUGUCGAUGAUGACUUUCGUGGAACAUACUCCUAUCAACGACUUUCACGUGAUAUCCCUAUGAGACUUCGCGCGACACAAGAUCUGCAGUUCGAACCGACUUUGCCCAGUGACGACGAUAAUGCUGCGGACGCGACUAAAACAUUUAACAUUUCACAUGACGUUGAAUUCGUUCAACCAGCAUCUUCAUCGAGAGAAUCAUUGCGGACUUCAUCGUAUGGAAAGGGAUUCUCCAGGAUUUUGGAGAAUACAUCGGACGUCGCGAACGUCUUUCGCCGAAGUCAAAUACAAAAAAAUGUACAACGAGCAGAAAUGAUAAGACAAGAGAAUAUUAGGCAAAGAAGUAGCGUGCAACUAUAUAGGAAGUACAGGAUCGGAGAUUUUCCCGAUAUCGAAAUAUCUCACAAAAGUUUGAUCGUACCUCUCCAACAGUUGAUAAAAUUGGACCGAUUGAUCUGCAAAGAUAUGACCGUGUCUCUGCUCUAUUCGUUGAUCACAAAUACGACUGAACAUGAAAGAAAGAAAAGGAAAGAAGAUAAUAAUUUUCGUGAGACCAUCGUGAGGAGUCUGAAACGAAUCUUGCAUGAUUUGAGUGAAAAAGACAAUUCCUUCAAUGCUGUUAUUUUAGAGACGUUAUUACAGUUGAGUAGAGAUGCUGUAGUCAUCGACUGCGAUCCACAAGACAUAGUAAAGGCAUCUAAGGCGAAUCGUUUGAAUGCUCUGGGUGCUCUUCUCCUAGAACGCAGUUUAUUGUAUGAAAACGAUGAUUCAAUACCCACAUCGAGCAAAAAGAUGCGAAGAUGUGAUGAAGAUAUUCGUAACGAGGAAACCAAUAAGUGGACACAAUUGGCAUCUCUCUAUAAAUCGCUGGACGACAUUGACGUCGUUUUAAGCAUCUUUCAAGGGCGACAGCUCUUCGGCCGAGAUAUGCAGGAAGCGGCUCUCGCGGAAGUGAACGGCGAUUGGAUUCGGACAAAGGACGCGUUCAAAAAUGCUUACGAACAAACAGAGAAUCCAUCGAUUAAAGAACUCUGUUUGCAAGGGUUAUUUGAAGCUGUAAAUAAUCUAUGCGAUUGGUCGAUGAUCAAUCAACUCGUGAAGAAACAUGUAAGCAAUGGAGAUUUAAACAAUAUCUGGAACGAUGUAUGGAUGAUCCCAUAUUUCUGCGAUAGUUAUGUAUAUACACAGUUCAAGCAAUCGAGCAAAAACGAUUUAACAGUCAUCAAGUCCUGGAUGAAAGAUCACGAUAAAUUGCAACGUCUUAAACUCGCGACGGGCGAAAAUCUAGUGUUAUUUCUGCUGCAAGGAAACGAGGUGAAAGAGGCGACUGAUCUGUUAAAUGAUCUUCUGGAUAUGACGGGAAAGCAAUGGAUCAGUUUGAGUCCUCUCUGCAUCGAGCUGGGAAUACGAGAAUUGUUCAAAUUACAAGCUAUGAAUAAUCUCUACACUUUGCUCAAAGUUAUUCAAUCAAAGAAAACAGAAUAUCUAGAUCAAUUUGUUGCAUUGUUAGACUUUUGGUCGACAAAAGCGCCCACGAUCCAAGAUAAUAUCAUACAGUGGAACAAAUUAGUCUUUUAUCGAACGAUUUUCUUGAUGUCGCUCGAGGACUAUAUUACGCGUUGGAGAACUGAAGAGGAUGAUGAUAGUUGUACAAGAGAAAUCGAGUAUCGAAUGCGUCAAAACAAUUGUCAGCUCCGACUGGAUAUUAUCAACGCUGCGUUGAAUCAGAAACACCAAUACAUCGCUAAAAAACAUUUGAAUUAUUUGAAUAAACUCAAACCAUAUUCUUCCAAAUAUAUUCCUUAUCUGGAGUCAUCAUUAGCAUGGCUCGAAGCUAGACUCGAAUUUCUGUGCGCCGAUGUUGAGACAGACAUUUCUAAGAAGAUAUCCAACUACACUGCUUCCUGGGAAUGCUCGCAUCGAUUACUGAACGAGAGAGUUAAACUCGACACCGAACGAAACAUCGCCAUCAAAGAACACAUCGGGAUGUUAGCUUCGAAAAUCGCUUUCUUGAGCAAAGAAAACGUCGCGUUUGCAAACGUAUUAACAGGCACAACUACUAUUCUGCAAAACAUAGGAAUCACAGAAUCGACGAACAUCGACUUGUAUAACGUUCAGGAAAAAUUAUUACGCUAUAGCUUGGACAAUUUACACGAAUGCUGCGAGCUCGCGGAGAGGACUGCCAUCGCUAACGCCGGCGAGCACCAUUGUGUCCUGGCCAAAUAUUGUUACAAUAGAUUGAUGAGCAUCGAUGCCAAGGACACGGAGAUAUUUCUUAAAUUUUUGCGGUCUACUCUAAAAUCCAUGUGGUACAAUUAUUUCGAGGCUGCGCAUUAUUUCCCUUGCUUACUGAAGCCUGAAUGGUUGCAGAACGAUGAGACGCGAGAGACGUUUGUCAACAUGUGCGCCAGGUUGCAACCGUGGCUGUUCCUACGCUGGCAGGAUCUACUCUUUUCUCACCUGGGAACACCGUCGAUCGCAAUCGCAGUCAUGCCGAUCAUCGAGAAACUAGCCGAAACUUAUCCCGAUGCGAUCAUCUACACAUAUCAUCUUACCAUUGAGAAAAACCCCGAGAUUCUUCAUGAUGUGAAAUUCCAACGAAUACGUUCACUUUUACACAACAAGGCGGAAGAGUACAAUCGUUUUAUACAGGCAAUACAAUACGUGGUGCAACCGAAAUUGUUGUUAAAGCAUUAUCUCGACGAGACAAUGAGGGAUUUAUCCUGUGAAAAACCGAAGGCUAUCGAAUCAUUGUUACAAAAAAUGGAAAGCGAUAUGCAUACGGCAAAUAAGAGCCCGCGACCGGGUAAGAUCUUUAAAGAGAUUUUGAUUAACUACGAAGAUGAAAUAAAAGAUCUCUUGCUCUCUCAAAAUUGCAAUGCCAUGCGAGAGAGGAUACAAAAAAUUAAGGUAUCCCUCCUGAGUGGCAGGAGGCGAAACGUGAAACAACCGAACAACGUGAAAAAACUGAAGGAUUACAGUCCGUUCUUGCACGAAUAUAUCGGCGGCAACGAUGGUAUCGAGAUACCUGGACAAUACACCGGCGACAAAGAACCUGCUCCGCGUUAUCACGUGAAAAUCGCAAGAUUCAAUCCACAAGUAGAAGUCAUGCAAUCGUUGCGCAAGCCAGUUUGCAUCACUAUGAUAGGCGACAACGGCAGGGAGUAUAAAUUCCUUGUAAAAUUCGGCGAAGAUCUGACGAUCGAUCGAGGUCUGCAGCAGCUGUAUUCCACCAUAAACAGAACUUUACACAACAAUCCCGGCUGCAGACAAAGGCGCUUGGCCAUCGACACGUACGAGGUGAUUCCGCUAUCAAAUACGUUCGGUCUUAUACAAUGGAUUGAGAAUACGAAAUCCCUGGAUGAUUUGAUAGGAUUCACCUUGUCGAAUAACGAGAUUGCUGACUGCAAUAAAAUAUGGGAUAAGUACGUGAAAUGGAUAGAAAACGCAGCGACUGUAAGGCAAGGGAUCGCCGACCAGUACAAAGCAGCCGUGUCCAAGUACGACCAACAGACGGUCACGCAAAACAUGAAGCGUCUGAUCGGCCAGACUAGGCGAACAGCUCUACGCGACGCAUUUGAUGUGAUCAGCUCGUCCCCGGAAUGCUUUAUCACGCUACGACGUAACUUCGUUGUGAGUUACGCGACUAUGUGCGCAGCACAUUGGCUCGCGGGGGUCGGCGAUCGUCAUUUACAGAAUAUCCUGGUGCACGUUGUUACCGGACGUUGCCUGGGCAUUGAUUUUGGACACGCUUUCGGCAGCGGCAUACGCGCACCUGUACCGGAACUCGUGCCGUUCCGCCUGACGCCGCAGAUACUCGAAUUACUGCAACCCUUUACGGAACGGGAUCUCCUAGCGACGACCAUGACCCACGCGAUGCGAGCCAUGCGCGAUGAUCAAGGCCCAAUCCUCGCUUGCAUGGACAUCUUUGUUCAUAAACCUGCCUAUCGAUUAUUAAACAUCGAUGAUGAUGAUAAGACAAUGAGGGACAACGAAGGGAUUGAUGCAGAUUUAACAUGGUCAUCCAAGAAAAAUAUCGAGACAGUUGCAAAGAAACUAAAUGGAAUUCACCCAUCAGUUAUCACUUUGGAACAAUUGAAAGAAACACAUAACGAUGAAUAUUUUACGAGAUAUCAGGCCAUUGUCAGCGGCAAUGAUGGAUUGGACAAACAAGCACGGGCAGAUAUGAGAAACGAUUCCUUGACACCUGCAGAACAGGUUGAUUGUUUAUUAGAUCAAGCAAAAGACUUGAAUGUCUUAGGCCGUAUGUAUGCAAAUUGGCAACCUUGGUUGUAAUAUUGUCCAAUAUUUAUAAAAUAUAAAUAUUACAAUAUUACAUGCAAACUAUCAAUGUUUUAGAAAUAGAAU